AUGCUCUCGCAUGUUGUGUAAUCAUUCCGUUGCGCAUCGAUAAUGUUUCUGUUUGCGCAGCCUUCCACGGCGAUAUGGUUGCUGUUGUCUGUCGCGCUGGCGGGGUACGUGGUGAAGAAGCACCGUGAAUACCGCCGCCUUCAAACGUUCCCCGGUCCUGCCAGUACGGGAUGGUCCGAGGUGCUGCAUAUCCGCGCAAUCCUAAGUCGACGUUCGCAUGUCUGGUAUAAGCAAGUCACCGACCAAUAUGGCCCCAUUGCCAGGAUCGGGCCCAAUGAGCUGAUCACGUCGUCGCCAGAUGUGCUGGCGCGCAUGAGCGGAGUACGCUCACCAUACACUCGGUCGACAUGGUACUAUGCUGCGACGCGCAUGGAGGUUGGAAAAGACCAUGUCUUCAGUCUACUUGACGAGGCCAAGCACACCAAGAGACGUCAGCAGAUGGCCUCUGGAUACUCUGGCAAGGAGAACCUCUCGCUGGAGUCGGACAUUGACGAGCACGUACAGCAAUUUCUGAGACUAAUCAGGUCAAAGUAUCUAUCCACUCCCACUCAAUAUAAGCCCGUGGACCUUGCGAAAAAGAUACAGUACCUCACUCUUGAUGUCAUCAGCAAGAUUGGAUUCGGAAAAGCAUUUGGAGACCUCGAAGCCGACGCUGAUCUCGACGGUUACAUCAGCUCAAGCAGAGAUGGCAUGUUUAUCAUGAAUCUCAUAGCUGGUCUCGGAGUAACACAAUACUUCCAUUGGUCGCCCAUUGCGCGCCUUAUCGGACCAUCAGAGAAAGACAAGACUGGUUUUGGCAAGAUGAUGACCGUAGCGCGUGAGCUCAUCGAUUCGCGACUGGAGAAGCCAACCGACAGUCGCUCAGACAUGCUCGCGUCCUUCAUCCGCCACGGACUACCGAGAGACGACCUCGUCACCGAAUCUGUACUCCAGAUCUUGGCUGGAUCGGAUACCACUGCGACGGCGAUUCGAGCGACCAUGCUGUACCUGAUGACACACCAGCGGGUAUACAGGUGUCUCCAGGCGGAGAUUGACGCAGCCGUAUCGUCAGGUCAUGCAGCGCCUGCACCUAACAUUGUAUCUGACGAUACUCUGAGAAGCCUACCAUAUCUGACAGCCGUGGUGUACGAAGCGUUCCGCAUCCAUCCUCCUCUUACUGAUAUCGCGCCGAAAAAGGUACCCCGCGGCGGGGACACGGUGGUUAUUGGUGGCAAGGAGCAUUUCCUGCCAGGCGGCACGAAUGUCGGCUAUAGCGUCUACGGCCUACAACGCGACAAAGACCUGUUCGGCGAAGACGCAGACUAUUUCCGACCGGAGCGCUGGCUGCUCGACGAAAGCGCCGACGGCGCGCAGCAGGAACAUUUGGCUGCGAUGAAGCGCACGACGGAGAUGAUUUUCGGGUCCGGAAAGUACCAAUGUCUUGGUAAGCCGAUCGCAUGGCUAGAGACUAGAAAGGUUAUCUUUGAGUUUCUUCGGCAUUUUGACUGGGCCCUGGCGUGUCCGGAGAAGCCAUGGUCGUCUGCAAACUACCACGGAGUCUUCCUUCAAGAGGGCAUGCGGGUUAUAGUUACUGCGCGAGAGCACAGAGUGGAAUGAAUAUCGACUUGAUCCU